AUGGAGCAGGGAAUGGUCAAUGCAGCAGGAUUUUCGUACAUCGCAUCUGAAUCGACUCAGUCGACGAUUCUGUGUUGUCAAUGCGGUGUACCGAUUCCCCAGAACCCGGCGGCCAUGUGCCUUGACUGUAUCAAAAUGUCUACCGACAUCACUGAGGGCAUUCCUCGUGACGGCAUGCUGAGUUACUGCCGUGAGUGUGAACGUUAUCUGCAACCUCCAAACGUGUGGGUCGCAGCUCAGCUGGAGUCGCGUGAACUGAUGGCUAUUUGCUUGAAAAAGCUUCGUGGACUCAACCAGGUUCGGUUGAUUGAUGCGUCCUUCAUCUGGACGGAGCCCCAUUCGCGUCGUGUAAAGGUGAAGUUGACCGUUCAGAAGGAGGCCUUCACGAACACGAUUCUCCAACAGUCCAUGGUUGUGGAGUACGUGGUCAACUACACUCAAUGCCCCGAUUGUGCUCGUACGUACACGCCACACAUCUGGAAGGCGUGUGUCCAGGUUCGCCAAAAGGUCCUCCACAAGCGAACCUUUUUGUAUCUUGAGCAAGUUAUUCUGAAGAACCGUGCUCACUUGAACACGGUCAACAUCAAGGAGGCCAAGGAUGGCAUCGACUUUUUCACUCUCAGCAGCAGUGAGGAGCUUAUUAGCAAGGAUAUCAAGUCGAACACGGCACACUACAAGUUCACCUACUCUAUUGAGAUUGUUCCCAUCUGCAAGGAUGACCUUGUGUGUCUCCCCAAGCCGCUUGCGAAGGCUCAUGGAAACAUUUCUCAGCUGUUGCUGUGUACAAAGGUCGGUACCACGAUCCAUUUCAUUGAUCCCUUAACCCUUCAAACAUGCGAAAUGCUUCCAACCACCUAUUGGCACAUGCCUUUCCCGUCUCUUGCAGACAUUGGCGAGUUGAGUGAGUUUAUUGUGGCCGACGUUGAUUUCCUUGGCCCGACGAACGGCAAAAACGUGUUGGCCGAUGUGGAGUUGAUCAAGUCGUCUGAUGGAAGCACCCACAUGGCUCGUACACAUCUCGGUGCCCUGUUGUCUGCCGGUAACACCGUGCUUUGCUACCAUAUGGCUAUCACCAACUUCAACAACGAAAUCUUCGAUGCUUUGAAGGAUAAUCUCAUCCCCGAUGUCAUCAUCGUUAAGAAGACGUACAGCAAUCCUAAGCGUCGUAAGAACCGCUUCUGGAAGCUCAAAUCGAUCGGUAUUGACCAAGGCGAGUUGGAGCCCAAGAAACAAGACCUUGAGCGCCAAGAACGUGACUACGAGCUGUUCUUGCGCAACUUGGAAGAAGAUCCCGAGUUGCGGCAAAACAUCAACCUGUACAAAAACGAUGCCUAUCGUCCUCCCGCUGACAAUGAGAUGGAGGAGGAUGACGAAGAAAUUGACGAUGAAGAGGUUCCCGCCAUCUCUGUUGACGAGUUGCUCGACGACGUUGAGUCUAUGCAUAUUGCCGACGAGUAG